AAUUCCAGCCACUUCGCAUUAGCUGCCAUCAACGAGAGCACAAGGCACAAAGCACCGAGCACAUCCCGGAAUUACAUAGUUCGUAUAUGAUAAUAAUGUCGGACUCGAAAGCGGAGUACAACUGGGGCGAUUUGGGUGUGGAGCCAAUGGAGAGCUUUGCAUCCGGAAUAUGUGAGGAGUUUCCCAGACUUCAACAGCAUCGGGAGCAGGUUGAGCAGCUGCAGCGACGUCAGGCCAAGGAGCAUUCUCAGAUUUUGGUGUCCAAUCUGUUCAAGAAUAUGAAGAUCUCCUGCGAGAAGCCCACAUUUCCACCGCAGGUGUCGGCUCCAAAGGCCUAUCGCUUCAAGGAAAUCUAUUCCAGUCGCAAGGAUCAGCUGAUCCGCGAAUGCGAGGAGCAGGAGCGCAAGCAGCGCGAGUUCCACAGCCGACCGAUGCCCGACUUCCGUCAGGCGCACUCACGCCAGUCCUCCAAGGUCGUCGUGCAUCGGAUCACCUGCCCCACGACCCCCAAUGUGCUCAAGAAUUCGCGUGAAAUGGAGAAGAAGCGCCGCCUGCGGGUGGAGCAGUUGCAGAGGGAGCGCGAGCUGGAGUGCCAACGUCACAAGAUGCAGGCUCCCAGGGCCAAGCCCAUUCCGCAGAGCAGUCGUCAGCCCUUGAAGUCCUCGAAUCGUCCUUCCGCAGUUCCUUCGGCAAAGGUGAAGGUCGAGCCCUUCAACCUGUCCGCCGAAUCGCGCGUCCAGCAGCGGCGCAUUUUCAACAUCCAGACGUCCAAGGCGCAGGAGGCGCGCCGCCGCGAGCUGGAGGAUCAGCGCCAACGGGCGGAACGGGAGGCCUACCAGAAGCUGCGCCAACGAACCACGUUCCGCGCCAGACCCAAUCCAUUCUCGCAGACCGCACGUUGACCUGGGGGAUUUCCCUCUAUUCUGUUUUGCCCUUUUUUUUCAUUUCCUUUCGGGCUUUCAUUUCGUUUGGAUUUUCGUUGCAAAUUUGUUUUGUUCGAAGAAAUUAAAUUACUAUAAUCACCAGCAGGCAACCGCAAACGCACAGUGCGGGCUAAAUGAAUAUUACUUUCUAACUGUAUAAACUUUCAUUAAAAAAUCAUGACAUUGUGCAAAAAGAACGCUU